AUGGCCAAACCUUAUGAAUUUAACUGGCAGAAGGAAGUUCCUUCCUUUUUGCAAGAAGGAGCAGUUUUUGACAGAUAUGAAGAGGAAUCCUUUGUGUUUGAACCCAACUGCCUCUUCAAAGUGGAUGAAUUUGGCUUCUUUCUAACCUGGAAAAGUGAAGGCAAGGAAGGACAAGUGCUGGAAUGCUCCCUCAUCAACAGCAUCCGCGCGGGCACCACCCCCAAGGACCCCAAAAUCCUGGCUGCCCUCGAAGCUGUUGGAAAAUCGGAAAAUGAUCUGGAGGGGCGGAUAGUUUGUGUCUGCAGUGGUACAGAUCUGGUGAACAUCAGCUUCACUUACAUGGUGGCUGAAAACCCAGAAGUAACUAAGCAAUGGGUAGACGGCCUGAGAUCAAUCAUACACAACUUCAGGGCCAACAACGUCAGUCCGAUGACCUGCCUCAAGAAACACUGGAUGAAAUUGGCCUUUAUGACCAACACAAAUGGUAAAAUCCCAGUGCGGAGUAUUACUAGAACCUUUGCAUCGGGGAAAACAGAGAAGGUGAUCUUUCAAGCACUCAAGGAGUUAGGUCUUCCCAGUGGAAAGAAUGAUGAAAUUGAGCCUGCGGCAUUUACUUACGAAAAGUUCUAUGAACUGACACAAAAGAUUUGUCCUCGGACAGAUAUAGAGGAUCUUUUCAAAAAAAUCAAUGGAGACAAAACUGAUUAUUUAACGGUAGACCAAUUAGUGAGCUUUCUAAAUGAACAUCAACGAGACCCUCGACUCAAUGAAAUUUUAUUCCCAUUUUAUGAUGCUAAAAGGGCAAUGCAGAUCAUUGAGAUGUAUGAGCCUGAUGAAGACUUGAAGACAAAAGGCCUGAUAUCAAGUGAUGGAUUUUGCAGAUAUCUGAUGUCCGAUGAAAACGCUCCCGUCUUCCUAGAUCGUCUAGAACUUUACCAAGAAAUGGACCACCCCCUGGCCCACUACUUCAUCAGCUCUUCCCACAACACCUAUCUCACCGGCCGGCAGUUCGGCGGGAAGUCUUCGGUGGAGAUGUACAGACAGGUCCUCCUGGCCGGGUGCAGAUGUGUCGAGCUUGACUGUUGGGAUGGAAAAGGUGAAGACCAAGAACCGAUAAUAACUCAUGGAAAAGCAAUGUGCACAGAUAUUCUUUUCAAGGAUGUUAUUCAAGCCAUCAAGGAAACUGCAUUUGUCACAUCUGAAUAUCCUGUAAUUCUCUCCUUUGAAAAUCACUGCAGCAAAUAUCAACAGUACAAGAUGUCCAAAUAUUGCGAAGAUCUAUUUGGGGAUCUCCUGUUGAAACAAGCACUUGAAUCGCAUCCACUCGAACCAGGCAGGCCCUUGCCAUCCCCCAAUGACCUGAAAAGAAAAAUACUCAUCAAAAAUAAACGGCUGAAACCGGAGGUUGAACAAAAGCAGCUCGAAGCUCUGAAGAGCAUGAUGGAAGCCGGAGAGACGGCGGCCCCGGUUAGCAUCUUGGAAGAUGAUAAUGAAGAGGAAAUAGAAAGUGUUGACCAAGAGGAAGAAGCUCACCCUGAAUACAAAUUUGGAAGUGAACUUUCUGCCGAUGACUUGAGUCACAAGGAAGCUGUUGCCAAUAGUGUCAAGAAGGUUUCUGAUGACCUUGAACAUGAAAACAACAAAAAGGGCCUGGUUACGGUAGAAGAUGAACAGGCCUGGAUGGCAUCUUAUAAAUAUGUAGGUGCCACCACUAAUAUUCAUCCGUAUCUGUCCACAAUGAUCAACUAUGCACAGCCCGUCAAGUUCCAAGGUUUCCAUGUGGCUGAAGAACGCAAUAUUCAUUAUAACAUGUCUUCUUUUAACGAGUCAGUCGGCCUAGGCUACCUGAAGACACACGCCCUUGAGUUUGUGAAUUAUAACAAACGGCAAAUGAGUCGCAUUUACCCCAAGGGAGGCCGAGUUGAUUCCAGUAAUUACAUGCCUCAGAUUUUCUGGAACGCUGGCUGCCAGAUGGUUUCACUGAACUAUCAAACCCCAGAUUUAGCGAUGCAAUUGAAUCAGGGGAAAUUUGAGUAUAAUGGAUCGUGCGGGUACCUUCUCAAACCAGAUUUCAUGAGACGGCCUGAUCGGACCUUUGAUCCUUUCUCUGAAACUCCUGUUGACGGGGUUAUUGCAGCCACUUGCUCAGUGCAGGUCAUAUCGGGUCAGUUCUUGUCAGAUAAGAAAAUCGGCACGUACGUGGAAGUGGACAUGUACGGCCUGCCCACGGACACCAUUCGGAAGGAGUUCCGCACGCGCAUGGUGAUGAACAACGGCCUGAACCCCGUGUACAACGAGGACUCGUUCGUGUUUCGGAAGGUAAUCCUCCCGGACCUGGCCGUCUUGAGGAUAGCAGUAUAUGAUGACAACAACAGGCUCAUUGGCCAGAGGAUCCUCCCGCUGGAUGGCCUCCAAGCCGGCUAUCGACACAUUUCCCUUCGAAAUGAGGGAAAUAAACCAUUAUCACUGCCAACAAUUUUCUGCAACAUUGUGCUUAAAACAUACGUGCCUGAUGGGUUUGGAGAUAUUGUGGAUGCUUUAUCAGAUCCAAAGAAGUUUCUUUCAAUUACAGAAAAAAGAGCAGACCAGAUGAGAGCUAUGGGCAUCGAAACCAGUGACAUAGCUGAUGUGCCCAGUGACACUUCUAAGAAUGACAAGAAAGGAAAGGCCAACACUGCCAAAACAAACGUGACCCCACAGAGCAGCUCUGAGCUCAGACCCACCACCACGGCCGCCUUGGGGUCCGGCAUGGAAGCCAAGAAAGGUAUUGAACUUAUCCCUCAAGUGAGGAUAGAAGAUUUAAAGCAGAUGAAGGCCUACUUGAAGCAUUUAAAGAAACAGCAGAAGGAGCUAAAUUCUUUAAAGAAGAAACAUGCAAAGGAGCACAGUACCAUGCAGAAGUUACACUGCACGCAAGUUGACAAGAUCGUGGCACAGUAUGACAAAGAGAAGUCGACUCACGAGAAAAUCCUGGAGAAGGCAAUGAAGAAGAAGGGGGGAAGUAAUUGUCUGGAGAUGAAAAAAGAAACAGAAAUUAAAAUUCAGACACUGACAUCAGAUCACAAAUCUAAGGUCAAAGAGAUUGUGGCACAGCACACAAAGGAGUGGUCAGAAAUGAUCAACACCCACAGCGCCGAGGAGCAGGAAAUCCGGGACCUGCAUCUCAGCCAGCAGUGCGAGCUGCUGAGGAAGCUCCUGAUCAGCGCCCACGAGCAGCAGACCCAGCAGCUGAAACUGUCCCACGACAGGGAAAGCAAAGAAAUGAGAGCUCACCAGGCUAAGAUUUCUAUGGAAAACAGCAAAGCCAUCAGCCAAGACAAAUCGAUCAAGAACAAAGCGGAACGGGAAAGGCGAGUCAGGGAGUUAAACAGCAGCAACACUAAAAAGUUUCUGGAAGAAAGAAAGAGACUCGCAAUGAAACAGUCCAAAGAAAUGGAUCAGUUGAAAAAAGUCCAGCUCGAACACCUAGAAUUCCUAGAGAAGCAGAACGAGCAGCUUUUGAAAUCCUGUCACGCAGUGUCCCAAACUCAAGAGUAUUAUUAUACUUCAGGCACAAAAAAUAUCUGGGUAGAGGAAACCAUCCAUCCCAAAUGCGAAGGAGAUGCAGCAGAUGGUGAAAUUGGAAGCCGAGAUGGACCGCAGACCAGCAACAAUAGUAUGAAACUCCAGGACGCAAACUGAAGUAGCAGAGCCCAGGCAUCAAAAGCUCACUCCCACACUCCUAAACACAAAGUCCACGGAUGGAAGUCGUCUUUUGUGUUUGUCUCCUUUAUGUAUAGACAGAUGUUACCCGAAACCACAGACUUACAUACUUCUACUUCACAUAUUGAAUUUCCUUGGCCAACCAAAAGUAGCUACAAAUCCACCAAAAUUACCAUUCCAGUAAGGCAGAGUUUAACCACUGAUAGUACAACUUAAACAUGUUUGCUGUAAAAUACCAUCACAAGUAAAUGAGCUUGGUGUUAACAACUCUGCUUCGUGAUGCUUUAGGACAUGUUUGAGCUGCAGCAAAAAUAGUGCAUUAGCAAUUUAACAGCAAGUGCAUGCACUAGGGGAAAAAAUACAACUCUGUCGACAAAUUCAUCAGCAGAAGUGGAGAUCGGCUAGACAGAUAAUUUUGCGGAAUUUUUCUACAUCUAAGUUACCUCAUCAGUAAGUGCCAUGUCUCUACCAUGCCAUAAGAAGCUAAUUUCCAGUAAAAGUUGUGGAGAUUAUUAGAACAAUAGAAAAAUAGAACAGCGCACCUGUGCCAAAACUCAUCCGUGCUCAAAGGAGACCUCUGCUAGGCACAUCGAAGAAAGUUUACAUCUGACAUUGCUGUCUAGGAAUUGUUUCAGCCGAUUCCAGAUACUAUAAUUCACUAGGACACCUUCAAGAUUGUGAAGUGGUGUUUGUAAAUGUGACCCUGUACAAAGUAUUUAUACUCCUAAUUCACACUGUUAUAGAGCAGAAUCAUCCAAGUAUUGCCACAUGACGAGGUUAGUAAACAGGAAUACUAGAACUAUGUUUGCAUGAGACACAAGCACCAAGUCAGACUAAUCCCUACAGACACAGUUAACCUAACGCCAAAUCAAUACUGGUUCAAUAAAUGUAUGGCACAGGAUAUAAUUUGACUAUCGAGACUUUUAGCAUAACAAAGAAGUCUAUAUAUAUAUAUAUGUGUAUAUGAAUUAUGUGGGCAUUCUUGAUACUUUAACUUCUAGUUUCAGAAAAAAAAAUACAUAACUAAUUUAAUUUUACACAAAAAUAUUUAUGCAGAUUUUCAGAAUUUCAUAUCAGGAAAUAACCUUUUUAUGUCUGUUAAAAUAUCAAAACAAUUUGCUACAGUGUUAGGCUGCAUGGUGUUCAGCUGCCGCGGCGUGGUGCCGAUGGCGCAUGGAGGAGUUUCCGCUGGGUCUGAGCCGCCGCCCAGGCCGGGAGGAGCGCCCGGGGAGCCCGUUGUCUAGAACUAACCCGAUGGCUGAUUCUAGGACACAAAACACCGACCGAAUUGUUGUAUAUGCUUGUACAAAUUGAUUCUGUGUGUUCCUCUGGACAAAGCAGAGAAAAUUAUGUUACCAUCAGUAAUGAAAUUCAACUUCCAACUUCUCUAAUAAAAAGUUAAAACACUUA